ACGGAUCAUCACACACACUCACACACACACACAGCAGAGAUCUGUGUGAGGAUGAGGAUGAGGAUGAGCUGCGACGCGAGCGUCAGGCGGAGUCUCCGCGCGUCGAAGCGCGUCAGGUCCACUAAAGGAGCGUCCAAAGCCCGGCGAGACCACAUCAACACAGAGAUCCGGACCCUGCGGUCACUGCUGCCCAUCUCGGCUGAGGACCAGGAGCGUCUGUCCUACCUGCACUCCAUGUCUCUCAUCUGCACCUUCAUCAGGAAGAGCGUGCUCCUGUCAGAGAAGCACACUCCUGCAGGGUCUGGAUGCGGUCUGGAUCCGUCUGCUGCUUCUCCUCUGAACCAGAGCUUUCUGCAAGCGCUGCCUGGAUUUAUUGUGGCUCUGACCAGAGACGGAAAGCUGGUCUACGUGUCUGAAAAUGUGCAGGAGUAUCUUGGCCUGUCCAUGGUGGAUGUGCUUCAGGGAGACUCGUUCUAUGAUAUGAUGGACGGUCGUGAUGCAGAAGCGGUGCGAGUGAUUUUGAGAGAGCAGGACGUCUCAGCAGAGCGCAGCUUCGUGUGCCGCAUGCACAGCUCCAGAGCGCUCCGGCUCCAGAACGCCGGCUGCUGCUCCAUGCUGGUGAGGGGGCGAUUCCGGGCGGACGCCGCUCUGUUUGUGGCCCUCUGCUCGCCCACGGUCGACAGACUGAAGGACAGCGAGCUCCCGAGGGCCUCUGCCUGCUUCCAGACGCUCCACAGACCGGACAUGAGGCUCCAGCACGCCCCCUGCAGCAUCUUGUUUCACCUGGGUUUCUCAGCCGAGGAGCUGAUUGGUCGAUCGUGGUACGAGCUCCUGCAUCCGGAUGAUCUGACGCUCGCCGCCGGCUGCCAUCGCACACUCACUGGAGAUGACGGCGAUGCGAGCGCGGAGAUGCUGGUUCGACUGCAGCGGCAGGAUCAGUCGUGGAUCUGGCUGUACGUCUGUGCGACCGCGGACCGAUCCAGAGACGUGAUCGUCUGCACAAACCACGUCGUCAGUGAAGCGGAGGCGGUCUAUCUCAGAGACAAGCUGUACGGCGCUGCGCAGACGUCUCCGCCGGCUUGUGUCCCGAGAGACUGCGACCCGCUCCGGAGGAGCUCAGAGACCGGCGCAGACUCGCUGGCGUUUCUCUUCUCCACGCCGCCCUACAGCCCCACUUCCUCCCACUGCUCCUCUGACUUCCUGUCUGACGGCUUGGGUGCGCUCUGUCCGCCUCAGCCGUUCCCCGACCCGUUCUCUGACCCGUUCUCUCCUGCGCUCUGUCCGGCCGAGGCUCACCUGGUCCCAGUGUACGGCGUCUGCGAGGCUCUGGAGGACUUCGGUGUGUUUCUGACGCCGGAGCCCUCGCCCCCUGCGGAGGGACCCUUGCUGUACAGCGAGGCGGAGAGGGCAGAGAUCGGGACGCUGGCCCGGCAGAUCCGCUCUCUGGCCAGCAGCUUCGACUCCUACAGCAGGACACGACCGGACCCAGCCCCCGGGGCCCUCUGCUGGCCGGAGCCGCUGCUGGACGAGGCCGUCAUCGACUGCAUCCUUACAGACUGCGGCUGGAUCCGGGGCCGGGGCCCGAUGGAGCCGUUCCCAGCGGAGCUGCAUCCCUGUGUGUACGCCGCUCCCACGCUUUGACCAUUAAACCAUGAACUCAAGACUCACGCUAGUGACCAGUGCAUCAUCCCCAGGGGAAAAAACUGCACUUCCGUAAUGUACUGAAAGUGCUCUAUCCUCGCGCACUAAUUUUGUAUUUAAUAUACUAAAAAUGAUUCUUUAGUACUUCUAAAGAUAAACUUAAGAUAAUCUAAGUGUACUCAACUGACACCAUGAAUAUGAACUAAAAUGUGCUUUUAACAUACUAUCUCUGUAUUUAAAAUGUAUUUAGUUACCAAAGGCGCAUUUUAGUUCAUAUUCAUAGUGUCCCAAAAUAGCACAGUUGAGUACACUUAGAUUAUUUUAAGAAGUACUAAAGAAUCAUUUUUAGUAUAUUAAGUACAAAAUUUGUGUUCGAAAAUACAGCACUUUAAGUAUAUUAUGGAAGUGCACUUUUUUCACCUAAGACUAGUUAGUUACUGUAAUAAUAUUGCUUUUUGCAGUAACUAGUAGUGUAACUAAUUACUAAUAAGAUUUCAGUAAUAAUAGUUACUAUCCAUAAAACAGCUCCUUAGUUACUUUCGAUGCCUCAUCCCCUACUGAUUUAAAGACCAACAAUCUAAUAAUUCCUAGAUUUAUUUUCAUCAUUUUCAUGACUUGCACAGACACCAGUGCAGCAGGCAUAUGGAAUAUGAAAAAUGAUGGAAAUAUUGCAUUACAUUGAUUCUGUGAGGAGAAAAGAUGCUCUUGGCAUUACUUUACUCUGGCGCUACACGGCUUGCCCUCAUCCUUCUGAUCCUGAUAUAAACUCUAUCAAAUCUUUUUAGAGAAUGAAACAUUUUCUUAUGAAAUUAUAUGAUUUCUUUUGAUAAAAUAUAUCAUGGAAUAUAAUCGUAUAUGGGUAUAACAGAAAAAUUAUAGCUACAAUUAGCUUCAAGCUACACAUGACAAUUAAUGAGAUUAAUACAACACUUUUAAUUAAACGUUACUAUUAAUCACCACUGAGUGUUUGUAAUCACGUCUGACUGCGAUCCAGUGUGGAUUUUGGUCAAAUGAUGAGGCAGAAAUAUAUUGUUAGUAAUAUUUUAGAAGAAUUUAAUGGUGAAGAUAUGCAACUUAUGUGGGGUGUGAAAGAAAAGUAAUGUUACUAGUAUUGUAACGAAUUACUGUCGCCAGAAAUGAAGUAAUAAUAUUACUUUUGAAAGGAGUAUCUAGUAAUGAGUAGUAUAUUUUUUGAGAAACUAGCCUAGCGCUGCUAGUAACUCAGUAUGGCAUAUUGCCGUCGCAGCCAGUGGCUGGAGAUCUGAUGAGGAACCGCUUUCUCCUCGUUUCUGGAGAAUUAUUUACACACCUGCAGUGUUUUAUGAAUGUGAAGAAUGUGUCCUUUUUCUGAAUAUGUACCGCCAGCCGUUCUGUUCCUUGUGUUGCUGGUGGCUCGAAGCAUGUAGAUGUACUUUUUGUAAACGACCUAAUAAUAAGCUUCUCUGCACACAAACACAGAAGAUCCUCAAACCAGUCGAGAGCGGUGCGCUAAAGCUACCUCAUGAAGCAGUGAGAUCUUUCUGUGCUGUUGCUGUAUAUUUAUUUUCUGAGGUUUAUGUUAGAUUUGUAGAUCAUUUCUGUUUUAUGUAUGAAUGUAAGGUUGUGUGAAAGUUUCUCUCACGACGGUUUGCAGUCUCUGUACAAAACAUGUACAAAACAAACAGUUUAUUUAUAUAUUCUUGCUCUUUGUUUCUAUUUUUGUAUGUAAUGUCAAUAAAGUUGCUAU